ACUGGACCUAGUUGGUAUCCCCCCCUACCCUUUCUUUCUCUCUCCCUCUCUCUCCCUCUCACUUGCUCCUCAUCUCCCUGUUCACUUUCAUUCAUUUCUGUGUAUGGGCAAGAAGGGCUAACAUGGACUCUUUGGGUCUUUGUAUCCUUCUUAUGCUUCUGUGUUUCCAGUGGACGACGGCCCCUGCUGCUGAGGAAAUUACCUGGACCUACACUGGCUUGGUGGGUCAGACCGAGUGGUCGGAGUACUUCCCAGACUGCGCUGGUAAUGCACAGUCCCCCGUUGAAGUGGUGACCACACAGACGAAAUAUGAUCCCAGUUUGUUACCUCUGACCCCUCUGGGCUACAGCCAGCACGGCAACAAGCCCUUCGCUAUGUACAACAAUGGACACACAGCGGUCAUUGAGCUGCCAGAGUGGAUGGGACUGGGGGGGCUGCCCUGGCUCUACACAGCUGUGCAGAUGCACCUCCACUGGGGCAGCGGCGGCCCGAGUCACGGGGGCGGGGAACACACCAUCAACGGGAUGAGCGCAGAUGCAGAGCUCCAUGUGGUGCACUACAACUCUGAGCUCUACCCAAACAUGUCCAAAGCGAUGACGCAGAGCGACGGCCUGGCUGUUUUAGGGAUUCUCAUUGUGACAGGUGAGGAGACAAACCUGGCAUUUAACAACAUCCUCAACUACCUGGGUCGCAUCAGACACGCUGAUCAGAAGAUGUUCAUCCCAGCCUUUGACGUGCAGACCCUCCUCCCUGAGGAUCUUGGGAGAUACUUUCGCUACAACGGCUCCCUAACAACACCGCCAUGCCACCAGAGUGUGACCUGGACUCUGUUCAAUGAGAGGAUUCAAAUCUCUCCGGCACAGCUGCUGAAGCUGGAGACGAUACUUUACUCGAGUAAAGCUGAGGAUCCAGACAGGAUGCUGCUGCAGGACAACUACCGCACGACACAGCCGCUCAACCACAGGGUCGUCUUCGCCUCCUUUUCUGCAGAAUCAGGGAGGGAGCUCACUUCUGGUGAAGUCACAGCUAUAGUGAUAGGAGUGAUGUGUGGCUGUGUCGGUCUGGCAGUGAUCAUCCGCUUCAUCGUAAAGACGAUACGAUUUUUUACCCUCCUCCACCGUGAAUCAGUUGUGGUAAACAGCUCUACCUCUAGCUGGGACGUCCUUCCCAGUAGCCGGCCUGCUCCCAUGUCAAGGAUGAAGGAGCCAGAGGAGGAGAAAAAACAAGACAUGGCUCUGAACUCGACCUGUGAAGCAGGAAAGAAAGAAGAACCCUCACCUUCUCCACAGACGGAUCCAUAGCUACUGAUCCACUUCAGGACUUCAGGCCAGAUACACGCACAAAAUACUUUCAUCUUCCCUCUUGCCAACGUUGUUAUCACUGAUCCAUGUUUGUUCUGGGGACAGAAAGCAGAAUCAGUCACGAAAGGCAACAGGGAAACCUUUAUAUAGUAAACUGGACACAGGACUAAUCACCUGCUGCCCUGAUCACUUUUUUCCCCAUCUAAAUUUAGUGAUGUUGGCAGUUUUGGUAUCAGACUUUUUUUCCGUUUGCAUGUAAAUACAUCAGUUUGCUGGCUGGUUUGCUGGCUGGUUUGCUCUUGCAAUGUCUGGGAUGCAUGAUUGGUUCAUGUAUAUACUGUAAUAUAUAUUUUGUUUUGUUGUGUUUGUUUCUCGUUUGGCCGUUAUUUCAUUUUUCCUGCCUUGAAACACAAGCACACUGCACUGAAAUACAUGUAGUAGACUUAUUGAAUAUUUACCUGUGCUAUUAUACCCUAUAUUAUGUUAUUACAUUAUUUUAUGUUGCCCCUGGACUUGACACUAUCAAAUGAAAAGGUAUGAUGAAGGUUUUAAGGGAUUUUUAAAGUGCGUUUUUAAGUAUAAAAUAAUGUUGUCCAAACAUUACGUCUCUGAACUCAACUGAGGGCAUUAUAUUGAAAAUGAAUAAGUUAUAUUUAUGUGUUAAGUCUAUUAGAAAGUGUUUUUUUGAGCCAUUUAUUAUCUUUUUUUCUUCUCUUUUGUGUAUAUAACUGGUCAACGUGGGCACCUCAUUAAAAUACUUGAAUGGGAACCA